GUUUGGUUCCAGAAUCGAAGAGCAAAAUGGAGGAAAAGAGAACGUUAUGGUCAGAUCCAGCAGGCUAAGAGCCAUUUUGCUGCCACCUAUGAUAUAUCUGUUCUUCCAAGGACUGACAGCUACCCUCAGAUUCAGAACAAUCUGUGGGCAGGGAAUGCAGCUAGUGGUUCUGUGGUUACCUCCUGCAUGCUGCCACGAGAUACCUCCUCCUGUAUGACACCUUAUUCCCAUUCACCCCGGACAGAUUCUGGCUACACAGGGUUUUCAAACCACCAGAAUCAGUUCAGCCACGUACCCCUCAACAAUUUUUUCACUGACUCUUUACUCUCUGGGGCAACCAAUGGACAUGCUUUUGAAACUAAGCCGGAGUUUGAAAGGAGGUCCUCCAGCAUUGCGGUUCUACGGAUGAAAGCCAAAGAGCAUGCUGCCAAUAUUUCCUGGGCCAUGUAAUAUAGCAGUACCCUUCCUUCCUUCAUUUCUUUUUUUUUUUUUUUAAUAGCAAACUGAAAACAUUUUUAUUUUCCGUAUUUAAAGGACACAACAAUAAGCUGCUGUGUGUGGAAUGCUAGAAAUCACAAUAUACAUGAUGUCUGCUUAAACAAAUGCAUUAUAAUAUUUAACAAUAAAAUGAGAAUAAACCAAGUAGAUUUACCAUGCAUCAAGCUCAACAAGCUCUCUUUGUUUUUGUUUUUAUAUAGAAAUAUGUUUUGUUGUACCAGUUGUUGAAAUAUGAUUAUAAAACCUGCAAGAAAGAAUAAAACUAUACAGCA